CCAUAUUGGCAGUUUAGUGCGAUACGAGGGGUUAGCGACGUGUGUUGGCGUUUCUUAAAGGUUUUCUAAUUAUUAAAAAUAAUAAUUAUCAAUAAGACGUUUAUUGAAGAUCGGUAUUUAUGUUGUUAUGUAGAGUUCAAGUGUCAACAGUUUUGAAUAUCGCGGGUUAAGCAUUAGUUCGGGUAUUUACGACAAUUGUCACAGAGUUCUAUUGGCGGUGCAGAUGUUCUCUGUUUCUUUCAAGUGAAAUCCCAUGUGCUAUGGCGGGAAUAAAGAUGAAUUAAAGCGUUUAUGAAUUGACUUAUACUGGCUAUGGCAGCUGUUGCUGACAUGGGGGAGGUUGAUGAAGUGCAUUCUAAGGAAGAAGGUAGUGUUGUGAAUGGCGAGUUAUCAAAUGAUGUUGAUAUGGACAAUCAAGAUAGUCAAGAUAGUAUUAAGAAAAGCAGCCUGCCAGAUUCAAUGGAAGUUGAUGAGAGUGAAAAUGAGAAUAUCGAAGCGAAAGAGACGACGCACGAAGCUGUGAGCACAACUGAAGAGAGCACUGAAGAAAACACCGCAGAAGAAAGUUCUGUGGCCACCGAAAAUUUAUCAGAUAUUAAUGAAGAUGAAAGUAGCCAAGAAACAAAAAUGAGUGAAGAUCAAAUUGAAGAAGGUCCAGAAGAGAUUGAAGAGUGUGUUGAGCACCCGGAUGAGGAACCACAAAGAGAAAAUAAUGAAAAUUCAGCAUCUCCAAUCGAAGACCAAGACAGUAAAGAUGAAACUUGUGAUUCCAUAGCAACUUCUGAGAAGCAAGAUGAGAAACAUGAUGAAAUAGAAAAAGAUGUGGACUGUGAAAAUAAAAUUGUAGAAAUUAAUGAAGAAGAUGAAGUUCACGAGAUAGAAUCUGACGAUGAUGAUAAUAGUAAAGGUAAUAAAAUUAAUUGUACUGAUGAACCAAUAGAAUUAAAUGAUUCGGGUGGUGAGGGUGACGGCGAUGUUAUGAUUGUUGACCCGCCUAAAGAAAAUGGUGAAGUUAUAGAUUUAGAUGCAACCCCCGAAAAGAAAAUAAAGUCUUUGUUGGAAUCAAUAACUCCUAGGCGGAGUACGAGAAACUUAAACAAAAAUAGAAGUUAUGCAGAAAGUGAUAAAGAAGAGGAAGAGGCAUCGGCUCAUUCCUCUGAAGAAUCCGACAUUGAGGAAGUUCUUCCUCAAGAUCCCCUUGCUUGCAGCGAUGCUAUAACCGUGGAGAAAGUACCUGCUGACAAAUCAAAAUCAGUGGCAAAGCCUUCAACGAUAGUUGUAAAAGACACUAAAAGAUUGGUAGAAAUAGCUUCAAAGUCAAAUAACACUUCUCAGGGUAAGAAAGAACCUACCCUCGUAAUUAUCGAUACUAAUUCAAUAUUAUCAGGCCGAGGUCCUGUUCCCGUAAGCAACAAGACUCCUUCCUCGGCAAUAUCUACCUCCACUUAUCCCUCCAUGCUCCCCAUGGCUCUUCCUGCCCAAGGAAUGUACCCUCCCAACAUGAGAGCUACUAUAACACCUAUUCCUAUGAACACUCCAAACAUUACAUCGACUCCUCCUCCGAAAACUUCUCCCGCUACUAUUACACCAACAUUGGCCACACCGUUACUUCCCACACUCACCGACGAUAUGUUUGUGGUUGAAGCGCCAUCGUUUAUCGUACCUUAUGUUUACGAGAAACCUCCCGUUAAAGACUUGAGGGAUUUUAUAAAGGGACUUGAGGCUGUAAAGGUUAACCAAAAAAAAUCAGAGGAUGCGGAAAACGAAGAUGGAGAUGGAGAGAAAAGUGAGGAUGGAAGCAAAUCCAAAAGUGAGGAUGGAAGCAAAUCCAAAAAAGAUGAUGAUGAAAAGCAAGAUGCAGUAGAUAAGGAAGACACCAAGAAAGAGGAACCAAAGAAAGAAUUUGAUGACAGUAAAAAACCUUACUCGUAUUUCGAGAGCCCUCUUGGGAAAUUCUUUAUCAACAUAGGUUUUAAUAUGGUUCAGGAGUUCGUACAGUCUGAUUUAUUAAAGCAACAGAAACGGAAACGCGACAGGGAAGGAGGAACCAACCCUGAGACAGAAAAAACAAUAAAAUCAUUAGCUAAGAAUUUAGAAUACAGUAAGGAAAAUAAUGAACCGUUCAAAAAUCCUAUUAAAAAAUGUGAAUUCUGUAACUUCAAAACUGAAUCUGCAUUGGCGAUGGCAUAUCACUUGGAGACGCCACACAUGAAGAACUUCGUAUACAAGUGCAACUUUUGCCCGUACGAGGUGCGAAGUCCUCACGACAUAUUAUUCCACAUGGAGGCGGAACACGCCGUCAGAGGUCACCUCGAAAGGGCGCCCGCAUUCCAUCAGUGUCCCAACUGUCCAUUCGAAGACAAUCAGAAGGGUAAAUUGUCUCGACACUUGGUGGCUUGUAUGCGGAAAUUUAAGCCCGAACGGAAUCUCGAGCCCCCAGUGGACUGGGAACCCCCCGCGAAAAUACCAAGAGUGCCUAAGAUGAGACAGCAAGGCCUUAAUGCUACGGCGGCGGCAUAUCAGGCAAUGUCGAAGACGUCUCAGUACCAGUUCCUAUCGAAGAUGCAGUUGCAGAGCACGCAACAGGCGAUGCAGAGGGGUAGGGGACGGCCAUCGCUAGGAAACGUUAAACCUCAGACUGUACUUAGACCAUCGGGCAUGGUAUUUAAGCAACAAGCGAUGGCCGGGGGCUCUGUUUUGGUGCCCACAAAUUAUCAACUUAGCGGAAAUCAAGUGUUUCAGGUGGUGGGAGGACAAGAUAUAAGCGGCCGGCUUGGUAAUCCUGGCCACAUGUUUCUCCCCAACAUGCCUUCCGCCUCUAGCACUAUGGCCAUACAGACUGCCAACCAGGGUAAGAAACCUACCCAACAGCCGAGCAUCUCUAUUACGCCCUUGCCCCGGGUAACGACAGCUACCGCAUCUCCUGUGGCUCCCGCCAAGCCCGGCGACACUACCUCAAAGAACUCUUUCGUUAUUUGUGAAAUUUGCGACGGAUACAUCAAGGAUCUGGAACAAUUACGGAAUCACAUGCAGUGGAUACACAAGAUUAAAAUUCAUCCAAAGAUGAUAUAUAAUAGACCACCUCUUAAUUGCCAGAAGUGUCAGUUUAGGUUCUUUACUGAUCAAGGUUUGGAGAGGCAUUUAUUAGGGUCACACGGACUUGUCACUUCUAGUAUGCAAGAUGCGGCGAAUAAGAGCAAGGACUCUGGGCGGUGUCCUGUUUGCGGAAGGGUAUAUCAGUGGAAACUGCUGAACCAUGUGGCUCGGGACCACAACAUGACGUUGAAGCCCGCCCAUCUGUCCUAUAAAUGUACGGUGUGCACCGCGACGUUUGGAAUGUACAAGCAGUUCGAGAACCACGUCUACUCGGCCCACAGCGUGGUGGCCAAGCGCGUGAUGGAUAAAAAGAGUGCCUCGUCGUCGCCAGCGGCGGCCAAUAAAAGUGAUCAGAUGAAACCGCUUAAAAUAAAUGACGAAAUCACAAUAAUUCCCCAGCCGGCGAAAUCCACUAACGGGGCUAGCAAGGAAGGCAGCCCCUCUUCUACAGGGUCAAACAAUUCCAGAAAUAGCACUCCGAGUACUAGCAAAAGUAGGUAAAUUAUUUAAUUAGAGAAAAGUGGCACACAAUGGUAUCGUUAUAUCAUUUAUUUAAUACUGUAUACAUACUGGCCUUUUAUAAUAUAUAUUUAACGAUUUAAUUUUUGUAUCGAGAAAAGUGUAAAGUUUAGUAAACAAUUAAUAGUUGUAGUAACUGUAAGAAGCUAAAUAUACAAAUACAAUUUUUAUCAAUUAAUUAUUAUAUAUACUCAUUUUGGAAGGGGGCUCGUGUGAACCGGAAAAGGAGCUUUGCCCGUCCUCGAAGGAACCUUGUAAAAGACCCGCUAAAUAAUAAAAAUAGGAGUAAAAUUUUGCAAAUCUUUACAAAGAUUGUGAUAUUCUACUUUAAAGAGAUCUCAACUCUGGAGCGUCUAAAAGUUACAGAAAAUAUUCCCAUGCAUUAUUUACUCGCUAUUUAUUUGUAUAUAAUCAUUUACUGUUCUCUCGUUUUGUUUAAAAAAUGUUAAAUGUAUCAGAAUAUUAUUUUUAGAAGAAAAAAAAAGUGAGGCUGCAACUAGGAAGUAGAGAACAGUUGUUAAAUUGAUACAGGAGAGAUUGUAGUUAACAGUACUAUACGUAAAAGUAAGGACAUUGUAUUAUUGUAUUAUUUAUUUAAUAAUAAUAAUAAAUAAAGCACCAGCAGUUGUUUCUUCUCUUAGGAAAACUUAUUUUCGAGAAUAUGCGAAACAACACUUUUGAGUUGACCAUAAAUCAAAGACUUUGUCGUAGCGUUUUUUGUGUCGCUAGUCCCACCACUACUAUGGUAUUCAUUUGGCAAUUCCUUAGUUUUUAGUUUUAAAAAUGUAUGUUCUUUUCGGUGGUUUAUAAGUAACACAUGAAAACAUUUGUGGAAUUGUUUUUUAAUAAAAUGAUAAAAAAUUA